GCUCAGCAGGCAGCCCAGCACGCCGCUGCCCUCUGGACCAGCGCACUUGGUAUUUCUUGAACGCACAACCUUAAUCAGACGCGCGAGCUUCUCGGCGUGUGCUUCGUGCCCUUUCCGCCCCCGGCUCGGGCUUGGAGAGAUUCGGCUCCUGAUCUGAUCCUUGUCGAGUCAAAGCGUCUGUUGAGCGCGACCAGAGGAAGAUGCGGAGGGGGAAUGCGGGAUCAGCGCCGCUCCCUGAAAGAGGCAUAUUAAUAACACUGAUGCAUGGCCAAUUAGCAGAAGGAGCCAGGUCCAGCCCUCGAGUCUGCGUGCUAGUGAUUUAUCGACAGUAAUUACCGAGGCACUUAAUGCCUAGUUGGGAUGGGAAUUAAUUCGAGGCCGGAUAAAUAAUGCAUUAGGGUUUAUUUAGCCCCAUGUGAAGCGUCGCCCCCGAGCUAGAGCUGGAAGUGGAGCGAAGUGGCCUUGGAGCGGAGAGCGGCGGGCGCGGCGAUGCGCGGGGCGGCGGCCGGGGCCGGGGCCGGGGCCGGUCGCUGAGGCUGCCGGCAGCGGUGCGCCCAGCCGGGAGCAUGCUGAGCCCCAAGAUCAGGCAGGCCAGGAGAGCCCGGUCAAAGAGUUUGGUGAUGGGUGAACAGAUUGGGCCUCCCUCCAGACCUUCUUCUCCAAACCCUCAAGAGCGUGUGCUCAAGUGUGGCUGGCUGAAGAAACAAAGGAGCAUUAUGAAGAACUGGCAGCAGCGGUGGUUUGUGCUGCGUGGGGACCAGCUCUUCUAUUAUAAGGAUGAAGAGGAAACUAAACCUCAGGGUUUGAUACUGCUGCAAGGCAAUCAGGUGAACGAGCUGCCACCUAAUCCUGAUGAACCAGGGAAACAUCUCUUUGAAAUUGCCCCAGGUGGUGCGGGGGACCGGGAAAAGAUACCUGUCAAUCAUGAGGCUUUCCUGCUCAUGGCUAAUUCCCAGAAUGAAAUGGAAGAUUGGGUGAAAGCCAUCCGACGGGUUAUAUGGGCUCCAUUUGGUGGAGGUAUUGCAAAUAGCUCACAUGCACAUAAAUUAAAACAUUUGCCUCAAGGGAUCUUUGGACAGCGAUUGGAGGACACCGUACAGUACGAAAGGAAGUAUGGCCAGCGUUUGGCCCCACUGCUGGUGGAACAGUGUGUGGAUUUUAUUCGGGAGCGAGGUCUUACAGAGGAGGGGCUCUUUCGAAUGCCUGGCCAAGCCAACCUUGUCAAAGAUCUGCAGGAUUCUUUUGACUGUGGAGAGAAGCCCCUUUUUGACAGCAACACAGAUGUUCACACUGUGGCAUCCCUCCUGAAGCUUUACCUUCGAGAGCUGCCAGAGCCUGUCAUCCCCUUUGCCAAAUACGAAGACUUUCUUUCUUGCGGACAGCUACUCUCAAAAGAUGAGGGAGAGGGUACCCAGGAGCUGGUUAAACAGGUGAAGAAUUUGCCCCAACCCAACUACAACCUCCUCAAAUACAUAUGCAAGUUCCUUGAUGAAGUUCAGGCUCACUCCAGCAUUAACAAGAUGAGUGUCCAGAACCUGGCUACAGUAUUUGGACCAAAUAUAUUACGGCCCAAAAUGGAAGAUCCAGUGACAAUGAUGGAAGGCACCUCACUAGUUCAGCACCUGAUGACAGUGCUGAUAAGUGAACAGGGGCGAAUCUUUGCAGUUCCUCAGGCAGAUGUGCCAGGGAGCCAGCUGGAAAUCAGGCCUGUGCGUCAGCGCAGUACUGUGGAAUGGAUCUCUGAGGAGGACGGGGAGGACAGCAGGUCGGAGGACAGUGUUCCCAGCCCCGCCGAUUUGCCCUCUAGCAGUGCUGUGGCACUAGAGGCCACUCCUGGACCUGCGGUGAAAAACACUCCUUCAGAGCACGGUGGCAAAUUGACUCAGCCUGCCACCAGCCCCAAUAAAAGAGUGCAGCCGCUGCCUCCGUGGAAAUACUCCUUCCGCCAGCAGGGAGCACGGUCUGUGAGUCCAAAGCUGGGCAGCUCAUCCUUAGAUAUCCCCAACCUCUCCUCCAGUGGGAACUGGCUGAUGAAUGGACUGUACUCCCUCCGAGGCCACCGCCGGACAGCCUCUGGGGAACGAGUUAAAGACUCGUGUUCUUCCCAGAGGCUCUCUACUUACGACAACGUCCCUUCGUCCAGCCUCUCCCUUAGCACACACAGUAUGGCCAGCACCACUUGGUCUACAUCAUCGUGUGAAAUCUCCGUGAUGGACUCGGUCAGCAGCUGCCCAGCCUGCCGGGCCAGUGACUCUUCUGCUCUAAGCUCUCUCAAAACCGAGUGGAUAACUCGGGGCUCGCUGUCUCAGAGUGAGGUCAAGACUGCAGAUCUGGAGAACAGCAUCGACAGGUUUGAAGCAUGCAGCAGCAGCAGCAGUGAACAGAGCAACCUGGCUGCAGCUUCCAGAGACUCUCUCAAAUGCUCUAGGGCCUUACAGAGCUUGGUGGUGGAGCUAAAGACAGAACUGAGCAAACAGAGGACUGAGUAUGAGACUAGUAUCAAAAGAAUUGAAGAAACAAGUGCAGACCUGAGGAAACAAGUGGUUAGGUUAGAAGAAGAACUGGACCAAGAACGAAAGAAAUACACGAUGCUGGAGAUCAAGCUGAGGAAUUCUGAACGUGCUCGUGAAGAUGCUGAGAAAAGAAAUCACCUCCUGCAGAAGGAAAUGGAAGAUUUUUUUUCAACAUUAGGUUGUUUAACUGUUGGGAGUCGAGGUGCUAAAGUCGCCAAGUAGAACAAGCUAAUGUACAGCACAGAAAAUUCUAUUUCUGGCAAAACCAGUGAAACUGCACAUUGUUCUGGUAUACUCAUGUAUCAUGAGUGAUUAUAGUCUUGGUGACACUUGCUCCGUUGUCUUUACAUGUGCUGUAGUAUUUGGGCCAGCUGGGAAAGACUGCUAAACAUAAUGCUUGAAAGUUUAGAUGUCAGAUUGUCAAGAAAGAGUGAGCACCCUUUUUAUCCACAAAUCAAAAGAUACUAGUCUCCAUAGCUUUACUGCUGCCAUCUUCAGACUUACUGCACCAUCCUUUUGCUGGCUCAAGGACAGUGGAAGGUCCUGCAAGGUGGGUGGGAUGGCCAGAACCAAUGGACAGGCUGAGCCUGGAGCUGAGGGCCUCCCACGCUUGCGCUUGGGAAGAUGGGAAUUCCAGUAUGGCACCACAUUCCAUGUGCUUUAGCAUAUGGAUUCAAUGAGGUGUUUUUUCUCCCCACUUGUAUAUAAAGUUUGUUCAGACUUCUCAUUCCAUAAAGUGGCAUUAUUUUAUGAAGAUAACGUGAAAACAAAGUCUACAAACAAGGUGAAGAUGCCAAAAUCUUGACAAUUCACUAAAAAUGUCCCUUACCAACCAAGCAGUUCCAGUGUUUCACAAAAAUGCAACUUACUAAACUGUAUGUGAUUAAUAAUCAGAUUGGCCACACAAACUCCAUGGAACUUUAAAUAUGCACAUUUUGCCCUAGGUAUCUGGGGGUUUUUGAGCCAAGAAUAGAGCAGUAUUAGCUGCAAGAAAAAAAAUCUCAUGAGUUGAUAUGUACUGAUCAGGCAUCAAGGUAGGAGAAGAAAGAUUCUUAUCAUCAAAACACAUCCAACUGCAGAGGGUUUUUUAUCUAUAAAACUUUAAUAGCAAAACCUAUGGUAAGAGAAAUUAGUGCAAUUGGGGGGGGGGGGGGGAAGAGCUGUAGAUAAAGGGGGAAGGGUGGGGAUCUAACUUUAACCUUCCUGGGACAAUUUACACUUAGCUGCCUUGUAACAUUUCUCAUAACAAGUUGAUUUUUUUUGUUGUUAGUUCAGAGGGAGAUGAGGGGACAGGAGAAGUAUAUUGUAAACAACACAGCAGCCUAAGUUAAUUACUUCUACUAAAGAAAAAUCGUUAGAAGGAAGUUGUAAUUUCCAGUAACUAGCUGCCAGGCCUGACUUCCCCUUCAAGGGACUUCUUUGAGAAGUCCUGUGUUACAUUUGUAGUGCCCUGAGCCAUGCAGAGCCUGCACACAGAAAAUUGUUUCACCAGAUUCAGCCUCAACUCCACUUGCCAGCCCAGCACUCACUCCUUCUUGGCACAUACCUUUGACAGCUGAGGCGUCUCAGAGGAGAAAAGACUUUUAACGGAAAAGUGCCACGACAACAUGAACUGGCUAAAGGGAAAGUAUAGACUGUAGUGAAGGUGCUUGCUUUAUUUAAGUAUUUGCAGAAAAAUGACCCGAAUCUGUCUUUUCUUACUAGAGAAGAAUAUAACUGAUUAUCUGGAAAUAACCUUAGAAUGGGCUUUUAAACAUACCAGCAGAUGGUACACCUUUCAGUAUUGACCUUCUCAUCAUCUUGCAGAUAUCCAAGUAUUUCAAUUUCAACAUCUAGAAGUUAACUUGUUUCUACCUCACUGUAAUGCUUCUCCUUCCUAUAGAAACGUAAACCACUUAAAGUGAGCAAAAAGAACCCUUUUAACCUAAUCCUUUCCUGGUUAAGACAAGUCAAGCAAGGUGGUAAAGCAAGCCAUGUGGAUAGGUUAAUUCAGUUAAUUUCAAAAAAUUUUCCCUUCUUUCCAGCAUAUCCAGCUGUGCUGGAUUCCUGACUGCCCCUGGCAUGGGGCAGUGUGGCAGGUACCAGAGUGUUCAGCAGGAGCAGCCUGCCACCUGCAGGCAGCAGCAGCACCCUUGCCUUUUUUCCAUGCCCCUGCCUUGUAUUAUUACUGAUAGUUACAAGUGAGCCUGCAAGGAAUAUGAUGGGCCUUUAAACAGCGGCAUUAAGAUGCAUAAUGUGAGCAGCAACUGUUGUAACAAUGAUUUUGAGCUGGAACAGCACAGCAGGGUAGGUACCAUUAAGUACCAUGCUAGUUAUCACAAAAUAAACCUUAAUAUUAUGGAGUGGCCUGAACUGGGUUGUAAUACUCUGCAAUUAAGACAUCAGGACUGGUAAAAAGGAAGUUUCUACUGAGGCGUUCAAUCCAAGUAGUAGGAGCAACCAGGUUACUUUAAUGCCCUCUUUUAUUCCUACCCCCAACAUGGGUACCUUUCACUAUACCCAUCCUGACAGCCCACAUCCCUUAGACUAUUUAUGUGGGUUUGUAUCAAGUGCAGACUACUCCCUUUAGUUCUGGCACACUACAAACUUACUUAGGAACUGAGCUCGGUGAUUGGGAGCCUAAAAAACAAAUACGCAAGAUGACAAGCACUAAACAGGACUGCUGGCUAACUCUCAGUGAAAUCAAACACAGCUAGAAUUCUAGAUCUUCUGUAAGUAUUUAAAAAUUAGGUACCGCUACAUGUAUAGCGGAACUGGGGAACAAACCCACCUAUCCCAAAUCUUCAGCUCCAGGAUAGGAUCACCUGUCAGCUAUGUAGAACUACAUAAUCUUAAUGGGGCAUCCAGGUUAAAAUUAAUUCUUCUUUUCAGUAUUACAAAUGAAACUGUAUCCAUGCAAACCGAUUAAUGGAACUAACCAUUUCCCAGUAGACUGUUGUGCUCCAGCAACAUCAAUUUUCUUGUUCGUGAGGAAUAAAUUCCAGGGUCCUUCUGAAGAUGAUCUGCUGCAGUAAAUAAAGCCUGCAAGAAGCUGCAAACUACCCAGUUCAUGCUAAAAUGCACCACAGUAGGAUGUUAACUCUAAAGUACAGCAACAGGAGCAUAAUGUUCAUUUCCCAUCAUAGGCAAUUAUGCAAGAAAUGGGAACACACUUGUGCUAUUGUACACAACUUCAUCAAACAUUAUACCUUUGAGGAAGAUGAAACACUCUUUCCCAGCUUUAACUCCUGUUUCUGUGCUCCCUUUCCCACCCCUUCAUUUGCCAACUUCAUGGAUCUAAGAGAGCACUCCUUGUUUUACAGACCUUUUGCUUAUUACAGACCCCAGUUUAAAGUGCCAGCUUUCUUAGCAAGCAUUUACAAGAUACAGGUUUGUUAGUAUUAAUAAGACAUGACAAAAGGCUCCUAGAAUCAGUUAGAUACAUUUUUACCACAGCUUUACCUGUCCAAUCUUCCCAGCCUGGAACAUCGCUUCCAGUAUUACGCAGGCAAAAAAGUGCAGAAAAUUUUCAGUGAAAGAAACCCAACACAACCAUAUGCUUAAAAAAAACCAAACCAAAGCCAAACAAACAGCAUUACAGAAUAACAAAAGCUUCUGUAUGUCUCCAUGGCAUUUGUAAUAUGAAAAGGAAAAUUACAGCAGCACUAUGGAGUGUUUCAGUUCUGGGCCUAAGUCACCCACAGACAAAUCCCUGGCAGCUAAGACUGUCUCAGGGCUUGCUCUAUAAUAAUGUAUUACUAGCAAUCAGCUGCACUUCAUGCUAACCUACACAAAGAAGGAAGGGCCACAGUCCUAGAAGAACACCUCACAAAUUGCUGGUCCAGAGAAACAAAGUAGGCCACACCGUACUGCCCACAGUCACAGCACCCUUCCCUUAAAAACGUACACGAAGACAACAUAACGGCACACAAACACAACUCAAGGGCAUCUUGAGUCUGUUUAAAGAAACGCUAAGACCCUGCUGGAAAUGAAGGCAAUGAAAUGCAUUAUGUUAGGAUUUAGCCACACGGUAGAGGUGCCUGCGCAGGAAGUGGUCCUGGCACCCAAGUUACCUCUCCAGUAAGAGCUCUUCAGAAGUCAGAUCCUUCAGGCUUCUCAGUUUUGAGAAGGAUUUUCCUGAGUGCGCAGGGACCGGGCCCUCCUUUCAUACACUAGAUGGCCCAUGGCUUACCUCCUGCAACGCAGGGUCUCGGCAGCUGUAUUUCCAGGAAGGAGGGCAGCUAGAAUUGGCAGCAAGGAAGUAUGAAUGGAUUCCCAGCGGUCGCAAAAACACUUGAUAUUAACAGUCUGUGGCACAUCCAAAGCCCAUGGGAAUGGAGAAAUGGAAGAAACAGGUCACAUUGCCCACAAGUGAGCUCACACACAAGACAGGACUUUAAGUAUCAUUAAAAACAAAUGAAUUCUCAGGAAGGACUGAUGCUAGUAAGACUCCACCUGCAGCCUUAUUAAGAAAUCCAUGAAAUCCAUAUGAAAUCCAUUCUGGCCUAGCAAUGAAGAAACACUAAAUGCAUUGUGGUCAAACUUUUUUUUUUUCUUUUUUAUUUAAAAUAUCAUUAUAACCAAUUGACAUACUAGAUAACAAUGUAUACAUUCCAGUGGUGCACAUGUAAUGACCUAUGGCAUGAAUGAGUAAAAAAACCACAAUGUUCUCAGUAAUGCCCCACCAACAGCUUAUUUGGAGGGAAUAAAGGAAAAGCAGGAAAAGGUAUCAAAUGUGGGGAAGGAAAAAAACCUACCGUUUUCCCCAGUAUUUUUAAUGGUGUAUCUUCCCCUUCAUAUUUCUUGGGACAAAAUAAAAUUAAGAAUAUACUUCAAAAGGGGCAGAAGGAAUGAUCACAAUAAUUAGGGUUUUUUUUCUCAACUUUAGUAAUAAAAGUUAAAGAACUCUCAAAAAUAGACUAGAUAUUGGGCCUACAAAAGUAAUUCAUCUGUAUGCAAAGCUUACCAAGAAUUAUUCCUUUUGUAAAAUGUAAAGGAUGAGCUGACAUUACUAGUAAGCUAUUUUUACCUACAAAACCAGACUACAAUAAUAAAAUCACCGAUUUACAGCUAACACAAUAUUCUAGAUGUACAUUAUUGUACACAAGCUAUAUAUUACACAUGAACAUCUUACGUGAAAUAUAUAAGAAACAUACUUACUGAUACUGUCUCAACAUUGGCCAAUAGGUUUAUUUUUCUAAAGGAAGUGUAUUUUUCUAUUCACAUUCAGUGUAGUUCCAAUAGCAAGGGUUAGCUUUGCUUACUUAAGAAACGUAGAAAGUUUGUGUGAGGUAGUUCAAGAAAACCUAGCUUAAAUUUUUAACUGCAGAAGUAGAAACAUAAUGUGAUCUGAUUCAUAACAUGUUUCUGUAAUGCAGAGAUAGCUGAAGAAGAGGAGAAGGGAGUGAAAGAGAUCACUUAAAAUACCACUUUUAUCCAGUGUCCUUAACUAAGAUUAAAUUAAAUGAUUUGAACAUUUGGGUAGGCAGUAGAGUGUCAUCACAUUUCUUCAUUAAAACCCUUUUUCUAAUCCUACUGAAAAAUGCAGACAGCUAUCCUUCAACUCCAGUCCUCAAACUAAAUAUGUAAGAACCGAAACAUUGAUAGGAACAUAAAAUAUAACAGCAGGGACAAACUGCUGUCAACAGCAAAUAAAAACAUAUCUAGAAACAGUAAUUCACUUCCUUUAGCUACUUGAAACAGUGAGACCAAGUGUAAGAUGAACCAUCUUCUCCCCUUUACCCCAUGAUCUUAAGUGAGAAACAUUUAAUAACGUCACACGCUUUGGAUCAUUGGCUGGGUAGGAACUAUCCUCCGGUACCAGCUUUUUGAUCGUUUUUCUUUAUGCAAUGUUGAGAUGAAUGCCAUAUAUGUUAAUGCAGGGCAUUAUACUCAUGCAAAUGCCUGUCAAGGUGCUUAAUUUUUGCUCUCUAACGAAAUAGCCUGUGUUCAGAGAAGCAAUCUUCCAUAAAACAAACCCACAUCAGUAACACUCCACUUGCUUGGACCCGGAGGCAGCAGAGGGUGCUAUUGCCACAGCCGCCACAAAUCCAGCUCACCCUAUCCUCCCCUAAAUUCAUGCCCCUGUGCUGGCGGGGCAGGCUCACCAAUUGAUGCUGAUGUAUCUUUGUAUCUAGCUGGAAUUCGUAUCUGGAAAGAUACUACUGCAUAUAGCAUAGCAAAGUUCUUCAAAACUAAAAACCCAAGCCACACAGCACCUACAUAGGGAAAAGUGCCAUGUCUGGUCAGCUUAGCAGAAUGAACGCAAUAGAGGUGAUCUGGUCAGUCAGGCCGGUCUAAGUUGUCCAAUGGAUGGGUAUUGCUCUGGCAGUCCAGCUUCUCUCACACACACACUAACACACAAACCCCUCAAUUCUGACCCCAUUGUCUUGCGUCAACAAAAGACUUCAUAGAGCAGCACACAGUAACAGUACUAAUUUCCCCCCCAAUUCUAUUCCAAAGUCUUGAAGAACCUACUUCUACAAAAGAAGAGGAACUAUUCUAUCCUUGAUGCCUGCCACAUCUCUGACCACAGAAGGUAGAAAUUAAUCUCGUUAUUAUUGCCCAACUUUUAACCUCACCUGACAAGAAAUCAGACAGCUCCCUGUAAUUCAAUCCCUACCAACUCUGAAUGGAUUGGAACGGCCCUAGAAUAGGAAAGUUGCAUGCACUUUAGUGAAGCCUGUUGUCAUGAGAAGAUUUUGGAAUCAUAGAUGAAAAUAAAGCUUAAUAAUACUUUAAGGAUAAAAUUGUACAGUGUAUUAGAUAGCAUAUGAUCUAACAACAUAACAAUAGACAAAGACAGCUGAAGUCUAGCUACCCAUUUGUUUGCUUAUCUAUGGCAGUGUACAACUAUCUCUGAAAUAUUUUUAUAUUUCAACAAAUAAAAAGGGAAGUUAAGACUA